UGGCCUAAUCAUGCAAGUGCCCAUAACAAUUUAGGCACACUUCUUCCGGAUAAGAAGGAAGCAGAAAUUCAUUUUAAGAAAGCAAUACAGAUCAAUCCUUAUCAUUCGAGAGCUUAUUACAAUUUGGCUGUUACUUACAGUCAGUUGGGUAAAACUGAAGCGGCACUUAAUCUUUUGAGAAGAGCCCUGAUGUUGGAUCCUCUGUUUUCUGAAGCAUAUUCCUCUCAGGCAUACCUUUACUCUAUCAAAGGAGAAAAUACAAUUGCCGAAUGUAUCCAUCGCAAUAUAAUUAAACUAGAACCCGAAAAUGCUAAUUACCUUAAUAAUUAUGGAAGUUUCCUUCAUAAAUUAGGACGAAUUGAAGAAGCUUUGGAAUUAUAUCAAAAAGCAUUAAAAUAUCAACCGAAUCAUUUUAAAGCCCUUUUAAAUGUAGCAAGAAUUAUGAAAACUUUAGAGAAAACUCGAGAAGAAGAAAUUAUAUAUAAAAGAAUUUUAGAAAUAACAGAAGAUCCAACUGUUAUGGAUAAUCUUGGUUUAUUGUACAUCAGCACAGGACGCUUCAAAGAAGGCAAAAUAAUAUACGAAAAGCUAAGAAAUAAGUUUUCCAACUAUAUUUACGGGAAAAUACAUUUUGCUGAAUUAUUAAUACAAGAAAAAUAUUUUAAACAAGCGGAAGUAUUAUUAUCAAGUAUUAAUUCACGUGUAAAUCACAGGGAUGCUUUACAUGAAAUCUCUUUACUGUAUACACAAAUCAACAAAACAACAAUGGUAAAUAUUGUUCGUUUAAUGUCUUUAUUAUAUUAUCUCAGUUUGUUAACACGCAAAUGUCACGUACCUUAUCACGUUCUCGGAUUAUGUUCUAGGAAAGUGGAUCGUGAAACUAUGUUCGAGACUUUACUCGAUUAAAAAUGAACGAGACAAUGUACUUCGUGGAAAACCUUUUCAUUGAUCGCAUGACCUAAAUUAUAACCGUCGUAAUCAUUCAGAUUUGUAGAAAUGAACGUUUAAUUUUACUAAAAUGGCUCUACAUUCGUGUUUAUGAAACGAAAAA